AUGAGUAACUAAAAGAAUAGCUAUGAUAAUUUGAUCUUUUAUGAUGAAGAAGAAGAACAGCAGAACUUAAGUCAACCAAAAAAGAAUUCUCAAUUUUUAAAUCGAUUGCAUAAUAAAAACAACAAAUCAUUUGAGAAAACAUGGUUAAACACUGUAACAGAAGAACAUCGAAAUGAUUUGAAAGAAAAACUAAAACAAACUGUGGGAAACAGUAAAUACAAGUUCAAAUAUUUGUUUUAGAUUCCCCAAAUAAUGAAUAAUUCUAAACUUUAAAGUAGAAAGAAGACUUAUGAAAUUUUUACAAAAAAUUCUUAGCUUGAACAAUAUUAUUUAUAAUUAAAGAAAACUUCCUCUAACUCAGUAGAUACAAUAUAGUCUAAAGCUAAUUAUAAAGAUAUAUUAAGUUAAAUUUCAAAUAAUAAAGUACAUGAUACGUAUCAACAUUAAAAUAAAAAAAACAAUGGAGUAAUUUAUACUAAUGAAUUAUGGUCGUAAAAGCUAAGAAAUUAAAUAAGUGAACAAUCUAGAUUAAAGGAAUUAUCAGAGUUACUAGAAAUGAAUAAGAUUAAGAUGAGUUAUGAUGAAUAAUUACAAAAUUUUUAAGAAUACUUUGUAAAAAAAACAAAACCUAAAAAAGAAACUAUAUCUGAUAUGUAGUAAAUUAUAUCAACAGCAUUUUUAUCAGAAAAUUAAAAGGAAAGUAAAAUCUAAAAUGAAAAUUAAUACAAGAAACCUUAAACCUUAAAUAUUUAAACAUAUUUUAAACCUCAUAUUGAUGAAUAAACUUUUGAUUAUUCAACAAAACAUAGUCGAAUAGGUUCCCGUAAACACAGUCAAGGAUAUAGACCAUAAUCAUAAGAAUAUAGUAUUUUUAGUCGUAGGGCAUCGACUUUUAAAAAUAAAUUAAAUGAUGAAAUGACUACAUAAUUUAAUCAUAUAGAUACCCCAAAUGAUAAAUUAAGAUUCAUAAUUGAAGAUUCCUGCAAAGAAAAUGAAUCAACAAAAACUACUGUUUCUAAAAUUAAUAAUUUUCUUAAAUCAGAAAAAGAGGAUUAAGAAAGCAUUAAAAAGUAAAAAAUUCAAUUCUAGUAAGUUAAAGCUUUGAAUAAUGCAAUAAAGAUUAAAAAAUAGAGGGAAACAAAUUCUCAUAUUUCUAAUUAAAUAACUUGA